AUGGAGUAAAUUGUUAAUGGAGUUCUUACUUUAAUUAUUGUUUCUCAAAAAAUUUUUCAGAUUAUACAAACUAAUCUGAGUGUGAAAAUGAUUAUGGUUAUUAUUAUGUAUCCACGAGAUGACACAGGUUUAUUAGAGAAUCAAUGUAUUGUUUUUAAUUAAAAAUGCUUUUGGGAUGGCACUCAAGGUUAAACUGUUAGCGAUUGUAGUGGAUAUCUCUCAGAUUUUUUGUGUUUAAAUACAAAUAAUACAAAUGGAAUACCUUGUUUUUGGGAUGUUGUAAAUACUAAAUGUAUAGAAAAAACCUAUGAGAAUAAGCCAACAAGCUCAUCAUCACAAUUAGAUUAUGAUAACUAGCUUAAAUUUGCUAAUUCGACAUUUAACAAUAAUUCAUGUGUUGAAGAUUGUACUUAGGCUGUAAUUACAAAUAUUACUCAUGAAUAAUUUGAAAAAUACUAUUUAAAUAAAAGUUGCACACUCAAAGUGGAUAUAAUAUAAUUUAAUGUGUGGAUCUUCCACAUUCAUGUUCUUUUACGAAAAAAUCUUAAUUUUAUCAAGAGAUAUGGAAAAUUAUGCUACUUUUAAGCUUCAUCAAAUUAGUGUGUUGAUUUAAAAUGUAUUAAUAUAUACAACUCAUAAUUAAUGCAAUUAAAAAUUAAAGACUUGGACAAUAAAUACAACAUUAAAUGGUUGCUAAUUGUUAGAUAAUUGUAAUAAUUAUUUAAAUAAAGCAUAAUGCUAAAUUGA